AGGAUUGACGCACCACAUGGCACCCUCUUUCUACCAUUAUCUGUCCGUGCCCAUGGACGAGAAUAGGGAGAAGCAAGGAUGGGGCAGCUGCCGGCGACGGUGGCUGGUGGCCGGGAUCUUGGCGGUCCUGAUCGGGGCUGUCUUAGUCACCCUGACUAUCUACUUUGCGGUCACAGCGAACAGCGAGGCCAGCAAGGACCAGCUGCGGGCACAGGAUGAGUGCCGCAACACCACGCACCUGUUGCAGCGCCAGCUCACCCGCGCCCAGGAAAGCCUGCUGCAGGCCGAGACUCAGACAAACUUCUGCAACCGGACCGUGGUGACCCUUCAGGAUUCCCUGGAGAAGAAGGUGUCUCAGGCCCUGGAACAGCAGGCCCGAAUCAGGGAGCUUGAGAAUGAGGUCAUGAAGCUGAACCAGGAGCUGGAGACUCUGAGGAUCCAAAAGGAGAGGAUCCAAAAGGAGACGUGUAGCACAGUGCAGGUGAACUCUGGCGGCUCCAUGAUGGUCUCCAGCCUACUGGUGCUCACAGUGGCACUGUUCCUGCUCUUUUGAGGACUCAGUAAUUGGCAGGUCGCAGCUGUUUGAGGUCACCGUGGGUCAUAGUGGCUCUGGAGAGGUCCUGACAGCCCUGAGGAUGUGGAAACCACUAGGUGGAGCCCAGACUCCAUCUUCCUCAGCUGAGCCUUGGGGCUGGGGUGUGGGGAGGGAGUUCUGCCUUAUUGCUUUCACGGUUAUUGGGGAAGGGUCACUUAGUUCUAAUGUCUUUGAGCCCCAAACAAAUAAAGUAAUUUGGAAAGGAG